AUGAAGUGUUUGGUUCUCGCAGUUUUAGCUCUAGUGGCAAUCGUUCAGGCCAAGCCUUAUCUGCCUGGUGAUAAUAUAUACGGCCGUGGCCGGUAUUCAGGCGGUGGGGGCUACGGCGGCGGCCGGGAUUACGGCCAUUCCGGCUUCAAUAGCGGAGGCAAUGGUUACCUUGACGAGGGUUACGGCGCAUACGGCAUGGACAAUCACCAUGAUAUUCGCCACCAGGAAAAUGCAUACGACGAGUCGGUCCAUCAACACCAAGCUUUGGACGAAAAUAUCGGUGGUGUAUCGUCAGGCGGUCGCAGAGGUCACCUAAAUUCGGGUUACGGCGGUUAUGAGUCGGGCAUGAAUGACUACGGCCGGGAGUUCGGACACGGAUAUAACCAUGGAAUAUAA